GAUGUAUUCUUCGUUUAGUCUGUCCAAAUGAAGCCAAAUAUGGAAACCCAGAAUCAGCGAUGGACUGUGCCGUGGUUGCUGGCAAUGACGACCCUGUUGCAACUGGUUGGCCAGUGUUCAGCAUUUUACGUUCCUGGAGUAGCACCUGUCGAAUUCAAAAAGGGGCAGAAAAUUGAUGUGAAAGCCGUCAAAAUGACCAGCACUCACACGCAGCUUCCUUACGAGUACUAUUCACUUCAACUAUGUUUGCCCAAAAAUGGGACGUUUGUGUACAAGAGUGAAAAUCUCGGCGAAGUGCUUCGUGGAGAUCGUAUAGUUAAUACACCGUACGAAGUGCGGAUGGCGGAAAACAUCCAGUGUAAGCUGUUGUGCAAUUCGAAGGAUCGUCCCAUGAACUGGGAUCAUGACCAGUCCGCUAAGGUAGCAGAAAGGAUACGCCACGAGUACUUCGUGCAUCUAAUUAUCGACAACCUUCCGGUUGCAACCAAAUUCGUCAAUCCGGACACCAUGGAACUGCAAUUCGAACAUGGAUAUCGGUUAGGGCAAAUGAACGGGCCCAACGUGUUUAUCAACAAUCAUUUGCGAUUCCGGUUGUUUUAUCACCUUCACAGCGAAAACCAAUAUCGCGUUGUCGGAUUCGAGGUUGAGACGCUAUCGAUAAGCAAGAACUCGCUUAGCUUCGACGGCGAUACGUGCAUUUUUCCGGACAAUCCUAAGCCACAAGCAGUAACUCCAAAUGGUAGAACGGAACUUUUCUUCACGUACUCCGUGGUGUGGCAGAAAUCCUUCGUAAAAUGGGCCUCGCGAUGGGACAUUUAUCUGGGAAUGAACGAUGUGCAGAUACAUUGGUUUAGUAUCAUAAAUUCACUUGUGGUGGUAUUCUUUUUGUCAGGUAUUUUGACAAUGAUCAUGGUCAGAACGCUUCGUAGAGACAUUGCUAAGUACAAUACGGAUGAUGGGAUCAGCAUCGAAGACACUUUAGAGGAAACCGGCUGGAAGUUGGUACAUGGAGAUGUAUUCCGUCCGCCACGCCAUCCUCGACUCUUUGCUGCCAUCAUCGGGAGCGGCAUACAAAUUUUUUUCAUGGCGCUUAUAACGAUUAUUAUUGCAAUGCUUGGAAUGCUAUCACCAUCGUCGCGUGGAGCGCUAAUGACUGCUGGAAUAAUGCUAUACGUGUUUAUGGGCCUCAUCGCUGGAUAUUUCUCUGCGCGGCUAUAUAAAACGAUGAAAGGGCGCAACUGGGAACGUGCAGGCUUCCUAACGGCCACGUUCUACCCGGGUCUAGUAUUUGGCACCUGUUUCUUCUUAAACUUCUUCAUAUGGGACAAAGACUCAAGUGGUGCUGUUCCGUUCGGAACGAUGGUGGCCCUGCUCCUGCUGUGGUUUGGAAUAUCCUUACCAUUGGUAUUUUUGGGCUAUUACUUUGGCUAUCGAAAGCAAGCAUAUCAGCAUCCGGUGCGAACAAACAUGAUUCCUCGACAGAUACCUCAUCAGCACUGGUACAUGAAUGUGGGUUUGUGUAUACUGAUGGCUGGUAUACUACCUUUCGGUGCAGUCUUUAUUGAACUGUUUUUCAUAUUUUCUGCAAUCUGGCAGAAUCAGUUCUACUAUCUGUUUGGGUUUUUGUUCCUUGUGUUUUGCAUACUGGUCGUAAGCUGCUCGCAAAUAUCCAUAGUAAUGACAUACUUUCAAUUGUGCGCUGAGGAUUAUCGAUGGUGGUGGAGAAGUUUUAUUGUUUCUGGCGGAUCCGCGGUGUACAUACUGUUCUAUAGCAUAUUUUAUUUCUUCACUAAACUGGAAAUAACCGAAUUCAUACCGACUCUGCUUUAUUUAGGAUACACAGGUUUGAUGGUCGUUACUUUCUACAUCCUCACCGGAACGAUAGGAUUUUUCGCUGCAUAUAGUUUUAUCCGAAAAAUCUACGGAGCCGUAAAGAUUGAUUAAUCAAACGCUAGUGCUAUCAUCCGAUUUUGUUGGAAUUGAACAUGUUGUUUGGAUCUUAAACAACCUUCGUUUCAGUUAAAACGAAAAGAGACGUCUCUUUUUCGUAGCUUAUUGAAAGUGAAGCUACAACAACGAUAACAGUACGCAACGGGAAUGAUGAUAACAGAUCACCUUGUGUACAGAACAGAAAACAAAAGCCGCCGAACACACUGACUCAAACCCGAACCCUUUUGUUGUGAUAGUACAUCGAGCAGACCGGAUGCAAUUCAAUUUUAGCAUGUAAGAGCGACUUGCAAUUGUGAGAUUAUGUGUAUGAAAGAGUUUACUUGACACUUUGCACUUACUCGAUGUAAAUUUCACCAGAGGAAAUUCGGUGCAUACUCAGCGGAACGUUAUCAUUCGUCAAACUGGCUGCUACAAAGAACCAAACGAGCCAGUUGAUUAAACUUACUGUGAAUCGUUGAGAGGUGUUUUCUAGGCAUAUUUGGGCGAUUUGUGCAAAGAUGCGUUGAACUGAUUGUUUAUCUGUUUGCUAUAUUCUUGUUUUAUUUCAAUUGACUACAGAAUGCAAGUACGAUGAUAAUCUACAAUUUUAGUUAGUUGUAACAUACACUAUUGAUAAGUAUAAUGGUACGAAAACAUAGAUAAAUAAAAAGUAUC